GCCAAGGGGUUCGCUCUUGGCAUGCGAUGGCUACCGAGCUGGAUGAGGAACAGUUGCUUAAGAGCUUCUUCGCCGAGGUCAGUGAAGUCGAGAGAGACAACGAAGUUGUUAGGAUUCUUUCCUGUUUCAAACUGAAUCCUUUUGAGCACCUGAACUUAUCCUUAAACUCAUCAAUUCAGGAUGUGAAGAAGCAGUAUAGAAAGCUAUCUUUGCUUGUCCACCCUGAUAAAUGCAAGCAUCCUCAAGCAAAGGAGGCAUUUGCAGCAUUAGCAAAGGCUCAGCAAUUAUUGCUUGAUCCACAGGAACGAGAAUACAUUCUUAGUCAAGUCAAUAACGCAAGAGAAGAGCUAAGGGCGAAAAGAAAGAAGCAAUUAAAGAAAGACAAUGUCACUAAAAUUAAAUCAUUGGUUGAUGAGGGAAAAUACGAGCAUCAGUACGAGCAAUCGGAAGAAUUUCAGCAGCAGUUGAAAUUAAAAGUUCGUGAGAUAUUAACCGAACAGGAGUGGCGUCGUAGGAAAAUGCAAAUGAGGAUAUCAGAAGAGGAAGGGAGAUUGAAGAAGGACGAAGAAGAAACGAAGGAGAUGUGGAAAAGAAAGCGUGAGCACGAGGAAGAAUGGGAAGGAACAAGAGAGCAGAGGGUUUCUAGCUGGAGAGAUUUCAUGAAAGGAGGAAAAAAGGUGAAGAAAGGAGAGCUCCGACCUCCAAAGCUCAAAACAGAAGAUCCAAACAAAUCAUACGUGCAGAGGCCCUUAAAACGAGGUUGAAACAAUCGUCUUUACUUGCCUGUAAAACCUCAAAUAUUUCAGGUCAGAAUGAUCUUGUUUAACUUUAUUUAAUUGUAUCCACAUCAUUUGCAUUAGUCUGAAGUCCUACUUUUAUGAAUAUAAUUAUUUAGAUCAGUUUUAUAUGAAAUUCUUCUAUUCACUUAUACAACACAUUCCAAUUCUGUAAUGCCUGCGUUAUAUAUCU